CGGAAAACCAUUGUUUACCAUGGCGACAGGGACGCUAACGUUUGUGGUCAACAAAUACAUAGCGCCUUUAAUAUUACUUAUUUUAAUAUACACGGAUCUCCUUCACUGCCAGCAAUUUAUCAUCCCAUUUAAGGCUCCUUCAGACUGCGGCGUGCAGGAAUUUUUCGACAUCUCCAGUUUGUCGUGUAUGAGGUGCGGUCCAAAUCAGCGAAAGAGCCCAACAGGACUGAGCUGCAUUUGUCAAACUGGUUACCAAACUCUCACCACAGACAAAGUGUCCAUUACUUGUCAGCAAUGUCCCAUCGACAAGCCUGCCGUAACAAAAGAUGGGUUUGGUUGUAUUCGCUGUCAAGGCCGUCUUAGUGAGGAGGGGAAGUGCCAGUGCCCACCAGACAAUAUCCUGGUGGAAAGAGAUAUCAAUGGAAACCUUCUGGAUGUGGCCAGCUGUGAAGCAUGCAAUGGAGAUAACCCUGCUUAUUCUGUACCAAACAGCAGUGGAGACAGGUGUGAGAGAUGUCAGACUCAGUUCAUUAGAACCUCCUGUGUGUGUAAAUCUCCUAAUAUCUUGACCGGGGGAUUAUGUUUCCCACCCAGCAGCAUCUCUACCAAUGUGAAUCCCAGUGUCAAUUAUGCUCAGUUGAAGUUCACUAUGCAGUCUGUGUGGUUUGCACAAAACCUCUUCUCAUCUUCAGCAAGCUGCCUUGUCUUCUCUAACCUUACUGCAUGUCAGGCUCUGGGGAACAUGUGUGUAAUGAACAUGCACUCCAGCAGCGGUAUGUCCACAGAUGCCUGUGGUCUUUUUAACACCAUCUUCAGAUCAAGAGCUGCUCCAAGCUCAACUCAGGACAUUCCUUACUGGAGAGACGAUCUGCCCUGGCUUUACUAUGGAGAUAAGCCGGGACUUGCCAGUCGGGUACUUCAGACUAAUCCUGUUCCUGUUGGGUUCAGUUUCAGAGGAAGAAACAAGAACACAGACAUUACACUGCUUGCUGCUGUCUAUAAUGUGAGAGGAGAGUUUCUUAAAUGGGAAGAAGUAGGAGGAAGUAAUCUGCAGAUUUGUCCACAACCAGCCACUACACAGGCAGCAGCGUUCAGCUUUGGAACUGCUUACCAAGAAAGAUGUGAUCUUUCUGUACAAGAGCUGUUUGGUACCUACUCUGAACCAUUGUUCUACGAUGUCUUUAUGGUCCUUGGUGGAGGAGACACGAAAAAACUUCUUCCCCUGCCCACACUAGUCAAAAACCAGCAAUACAAUGGUCGAUUCAUCAACCAAGAGAGCAUCAACAACUGGUACUUGUCACGACGAAUGUUUCUUGUUGACACUCUCAGUGGAAGAGAGAAGACCUUGACUUCCAUGCCUAGAGUCAUCCGUGUGGCCAGCAGUAUCAAAAUAAGAUUCAAGCUGGUUCCACGGACACAGGAAGGACAAGUAUAUCCCCCUCUAAUGGUUGUGACCUACACAGAUGUUCCCAUCACGGAUGUAAAGACUCAAACUGUGUCUACAUCCUUUGCUGUGGAGUAUGACAUGGAUCAGAGUGAGGCUCAUGUAAAAACAAAUACAGCUCUAGGUGUGAUGGGUGGGGUGGCUGUCCUCUACUCACUGCUGAAGACGGUCAGCUGGAAGAGGAGAAUUGCAUCCCCCCUCAUUGAUGUCGAGACAAUUCUGACAUUUGUGUUGUUUUAUGCCGGUGAUUUGGCCAAUGUUUUCUUUGUGGUCACUGUGGGAACAGGACUUUACUGGCUCAUCUUUUACAAGACAUUAAAGACGCAGCAGUUUGUAUCAGUGCUGCUGCCACUGCCUGCUCAGGAGGAGCAGUUUGUGACGUACAUCGGUUGUGCUUUCGCUCUUAAGGCUGUCCAGUUUAUCCACAAGCUGAUCUUUCAGGUGUCCGUUGAUAUAUUUCUAAUUGAUUGGGAGAGGCCAAGAAGUAAAACUAGCAGAACAGUACAAGCAACUGCUGAACCAAAACGUGAGCCCACUCCAGUCAGCAUCUGGCGGACCAUCUUUGUGGCCAAUGAAUGGAAUGAGAUUCAGACUACCCGCAAGAUCAACCCAACCUUUCAGAUCGUGGCCAUGCUUUUCUUUCUUGAAGUUCUGGGUUUUAGUAACCUGGCACUAAGGGACCCCUGGGCAACUUUACAGCGCUCUUCAUGGGCAUACACCCCUUCAUAUAGCCUGACGCUGCGCUAUGGUCUGGCAGCCACACUGUGGCUCUGUAUUGGGCUUCUGCAGAGGAUGUUCUUCUGUGUAUUUUAUGAGCACUUUGUGGAGGACAAAAUCCAUCAAUUUGUAGAUCUCUGCUCCAUCAGUAAUAUUUCUGUGCUGAUCUUAUCCCAUCGCUGUUUUGGCUACUAUAUCCAUGGGCGAUCAGUGCAUGGCCACGCAGACACAAACAUGGAGGAAAUUAUUAACAAUCUGAAGCGAGAAGGAGAGUCUUUGUGCAGUCAGAGGGGUCUUCUUCCAAACACAGACGUCCAAACCUUUCAGGUGGCUCUUACUAACCGUCUGAGGUCACAGUAUGACAGGAUACGAGAUUCAAUCGGCAUGAAGAACACGCCAUCACGCCUGACGGACUCAUCCACAGCCAAGCCAUCAGAGCCACACCCCAAAGGCUACCAUUCCAUGAACCACUUCCUAGCAUCCAUUAUAGACCACGCCAACCCUGACACGGACUAUAUAGUGAAGGACAAAUUGAUGUUUGAACAGGUCAUAGGGAUGGAGUUCCUUGAACCUGGCGAGAAAAGCAUCUUUUACAAUGAUGAGGCCUACUCCUUCAGUGAUGUGCUAUUUUAUGGAAAUGAGACCACACUACUCAUCUUUGACACUUUGUUCUUCUGUGUCAUCGACCUCGGUUCCCAGAGCUUUGUACUUGCAGCUGUUCUCACAUAUGUACAGCAAAUGAUAUUUCGCUUUAUCCGUAACAUUCUUGGGAGGAAGAACCUCGUCAACAAGACGUUAGUGGAUGAGAGGUUCUUGAUCUGAAAUUCAUUGCUAGCAUUUUGACAGUGGUAGUGUUGUGCAGCUUGUGUACCUUUGUUUUUUUUUUGUUUUUUUUUUUUAACUUUUUUAAGACUUUUUUGUACUCAUUAAAAUGUUCUAAUGUGUUAUGAGUAUUAUUUUGUCUGCUGUAGGCCUAGGCUGCUAGGCUCCCUCCUACGUUAGCUUUAGGUCAAUAAAGGUGUUUCUUGUUGACCAGG